CUUCUGUUCACACUUCACAACAAAGAAAACCAAAGGUGAGGAAGAAGAAGGAAUGGAAAGAAUACUAGUCUACACUAUUUUCUUGCGUAUAAAUCUAGAGAUAUAGAGAGAGAGGGGAAGAUUUUAGAGAGAGAAAGGGCGAGGGACAACGACUCAGAGGUUGGAAUUUCUGGGUUGACAAGCUUCUAUUACACGGUAUAGAAGACUCACUCUGUUUUACUUUUAGAGAGAGAGAGGUGUAGAAGAAGCUGGAGAUGGAGAAAGAGAGACAGAGACUUGUCGUUAAUGAAAAUAUUUUCAAGAAAUUCUCCCACCCAAUUUCUUGUUAGAUUUUAGUGGCUGGUUUUGGUUUACUGAUAUAGCUAGCUCAAUAGCUGGACUGGAACGGGAACAUGGCUAACGUAGUGAAGUCUCAAGUUCGGCUUGUUAGGUGUCCUAAAUGCCGAAAAGUCCUUGAAGAGCCAACAGAAUCGAUCGUCUAUAAAUGUGGAGGAUGCGACACAGUUCUUCAAGCAAAGAAAAGGAAAAACAACACUAGCACUGAGCUGAGUGUUCUUGAAACUCAUCCUCGGGAUUCAAAGGAAAAGGGAAUUAGCAGCUUACAUCAGAAAGACUCCUCGAUUUCCUCUGUGGAUACUUUGCAGAGUGAGAGCUGCAAGAUUCGGUAUGAAAUUGGGGAGUGCAGUAAGGUGCGGAGUGGACAGGAAAAAUCGCCUCGACUUAGUAGUAGCUUUCACGAGAUUGAUGGAAAGUCCUCGAGUGCUAGAGAGCCUAUCGAGCAGCACGAAGAUGAGUGCCCCAUUGAUAGGAACUUCUCGGGUGAACUUUCUGAGUCGAAUGAGCUCAAACAUCACGGGACUGAAGUUUCAUCUGCUCCCCGAGAAGCUGGAGAACAGAUGGAAUGCAUCAGAAGGUGUGAGUAUGAAAGCGAAGCUUGUGAAAUGGAGAGCCCCGAGUAUACUAACUCUCUUGCUGGAAGUUCUCCAUUUAGUGAAGAAGCCAAUGCUGAUUCGGGUAAAAGCCAUUCUCUCUCGCAAGAAAGCAACGAUCCAAACGAUUUUGCAGGCCACACUCUGGAAUACAUUGAACACGCAAAGAGUUCUGGAGAAAUUAUUUCGCCCGAGAGUCAAGAAAUUCAAAAGCCAUCACCGGUACAGACUGAAGUGGAUCAAAGCCCCUUGCACGAGGGCAUCCAACAGCCAGAACAAUCUGACAAAGAAAUUGCUCGAAGUUUUGACCGUAUAAGCUCUGUGGAUACUCUAGACAAUUUACCCCUCGAUCCUCAACCGACAGUAACACACCGAGAUAUGCCCAAGUCUCCCACUACCAGAAGCUAUUACGCUUAUGAUGGCAGUGCAUCUUCUUGUGAUGGGGAUAGCAAGUUUUCGCAACAAGUUGGAAGGAAGUUCGAGAGUGCAAAACUCAAAAUUCCUGACGAAUUUCGAUCAGAUGAUGAGUGUAACGAGGAUAGCAUGCUGAGCAGGAAGCCGAGGACUCACCAUCCAGCCAAGAAUUGCUCCCAGAUGUUACCACGAAGGAUGCAUCGAGCUAAUCAAGAUAAGUGGGCUGAAUCUAGAAGAUGUGAUCAAACCUUUGGACAUCGGAGGCAAUUGAUGACGGACACGAGUCAUGGUCACGGGAGCCCUUCAACAUUAUGGCAAAACAAUUUUCGUCAUCAUUCCAGCUUUUAUCCAUCGAAUAUGCCCACGUAUGCAGACCGGGAAAAAAUGGAACUUUUGAGAAUGGUCCAUGAUCUCGAAAACCAGCUCCAAGAAACACGUCUGUCAAAAGGAAAGGCUAAUAGAAGGUUUCGUGCAGGAGAUAUGAGGCCCGACGAUAUGCAUGCCCCGUUGUACUCUGAUCAGUUCCAACCAGAUGCUGAUCCAAGCCACCGUCGAUGUCCUAUAAGAUGCAGCCAAGGGCAAGGAUUUUCAUCUAAAAUCUCGAGAAUACCUUUCUCCGGAGAGGCUGUUCAUUAUAGACACCGAGGCGAUUGUAUGUGCCUGCACUGCUCCCCCCAGGUCUGGCAUUGCUCGUCACAACUUCCUUUGGGUUCCAUUUGCUGCAACAAAAGUCACCUGGCAGCCUGCACUAACCAUAACUAUGUCAAUGCCACCCAUUCUAGCUCGAGUUCGCAAAGUCCCCAGCAUUACACGAACUCCAAGUAUUAUUCCAAGUGGGGACAUGAACCGAAAUCGUCGAGUGAUCAGAGGCAGAAAGAUCACGAGGUGAGGAAGUUGCAUUUAGGGGAAAGGUAUGGUAAAAUGCGACAUGUCCUCCCAUUUGAAGGCGGGGCGCCAAUAGUUGCUUGCGAUCACUGCUCGGAGCUAUUACAACUGCCUGCAGAUUUCGGUGUCAUCAAGAGGAGAAGCUAUCAGCUAGUAAGGUGUAAUGCAUGCUUGAAGGUUCUCAAGUUUGAUCUUCGAAACAGAACAGAUAUUAGCAAUGAUCGUUUAUCAGAGAACAGUGACUCGGUUUAUGAUAUGGGCGAGCAGGCUGCUGCUACUUUAGCCCCUCCGCCCAGUGAAUCCAGUGAUCUCAACGAGAGGAAUCCAGCUCCCCAACGCUGCCUGCACGCUGAAUCUCUGUCAUAUUCUGACGAUUUGGGGCCGUCUUUCUGCAGGAGUUGCUCAACUGAAGUGGAGCCUUCAUCUGUCCCUCAUGGAAGAACCACCUUCAAUAGGAAGGUCUCAUCUGCUAGCUCCAUGGAAGACCGGAAAAUGAAGUCUGUGAUGAGAGAAUCCCGAAGCAAACCAGUGAAUUCGUGCUGGGAACACGCUGAAUCAGCUGCAGGGCCUUCCAAUUGGGGAAUUUCAUCAUCAGAAAUCGAGGAAGUUCACGAACACCCAAAUGCAGGCUCCCCGCUUCAUCGCCUCAUGGGAUACUCCACAAUAAGUCAAGUGCUCAGAUAGCUAAACUGAUACAUAUGAAACACAGACUGGAUUCUGGACCAGAACCAUGGAUCUUGAAACCAAGAAAUUCAAUGCUGAUAUGAGUUACAAACAGUGUUCUUUCAGAUUUUUAGAUUUCUUUUUUUCUGCUCUCCAUUUCUCUACAGAUUAAACAGGAAAAGCUGCAUUGCAGUAGUGUAAAGGCAAAUGGUUUCACUUGUCUUGCACUGAAAUUUUCAAUA